GUUUGUCGGACGAGCGUGCGUUCACGGGCCCCUUGAGAGCCACAGCUCUGAGAGCCAGAGCCAUGGCCGACGCCGACGCCCCCGUCUGCCGCAUCUGCUACGAAGGCAGCGACGAGGGCAUUUUACUAACACCAUGCGCCUGCACAGGCUCCAUCGGUGCUAUCCACGCGCACUGCCUCAGUCGGUGGCUAGAGACCCGGCCCGAGUUAAUUUCGAGGGGCUGCGACGUCUGCAAGAGUCCCUGGAAUUGUGUGAGAACGCCGACGCUGCGCGAGUUUAUGCGAGACCACGACUGGCGGAGUACAAUGGAGCGGUUGUUGCGGUAUAUUGUCAAUACGCCUUCAGACGAUGAUGACGAGGCGCGCGCGGCCCAGGCCGCCGCCGCUCUGACGCGAUUGGCUCUGCGAGGCGCGGCCUUCUUUCUAGCGGUCAAGCAGGGCCGUGUGGCUCUGAAGUUGUUUGCCGUCGGCGUGCGGUGCGUUUUAGUCGUCGAUUCACGCGUCGACGCGUUACUGCUCCCGGGACCGGUCGCGGACUACCUCGCUCUCCUCUUCCCGGGCCUGCCGUGCCUGCAGUCCGCCGUCACGUUAGGACAGGCGCAGCCGCCGCCCUCGUUUUUAAGAAGGAUCGUGGCACGAGUGUCGUUGAAAACGGCGCCCGUCGUCGCUGAACAACCUAAUCUAGGCACGGAUCUGAUGGUCGGGUUGUUGAUGCUCGCGCUCGAUGCGCGCUACCUCAAAAAUCGAGUCACGGCGCUGCGGCGGCACGAACCUCUACGAAGCAUGGUCCCGCGAGCGCUCGCAUUAAUCGUAGCGGAGCCCGGCGGUAUUUGCGAGGACAUCGGGAUUAUUGUAGAUCACCUCGUGACCUCGCCGCUACUCGUCUUACAUUGGCUUUGUGUCUUCCCCUCGUACGUCUACGCGCUGCGGUUGUUAUUAGCAAGGUGCGGCGUGCUCGCGGCGGACGCUAGAACUUUGGACUUGGAGUCCGGCGAAGGCGUCGCGUGGCACGUCGCGUUGCUCGCGGGGGCGGCCUGCGCGGGGACGCUCGUCACGUCUUUAGUAAGGGGGCUGCUGGGCGAGCAGCGGCGCUGGGCGGCGCAUUACGUGCUGCGGGACCUCCAGGGGGCGCGGCCGCGGCGGCGGCGCCCGGGACGCUUCGACUAAGAUGAUCUGUGUUUGUA